AUGGGUUGGUUGAGCAUGUGUAUCGUUGCGCUUUUUUUGUUUCUACAACUAAAUAUUUCUCGAACAGUUGAAAAUUCCAAGCCAACUAACAAAGAUAAUACGUACACUUUAUAUUUUAAGAAUAAACAGAGAUAUGUAGUUCGUAGACCUGAGGGCUCUCCAUUUAGAAAUUUUCUCUUAUAUGUUGAAGAAAUAUACAGAUCUACUGUCAUAUACCCCAUUAAAUAUGUUUAUUGCCCAUGCACACACGCACACGCAUACACGUAUGCAUGUCUUACUAGCUUAACACGAGAGACGAUAAACAAUUCUUCAGAGUUUUACAAAUUUUUUCCCUCAUUAAAGGAUGUGCCUUUGAAACAUUUCGAGAAAUUAAUAUCAUUUAAAAAAAGUGAAAUAAAGAAUAAAAGUUUAAAAGAAUUUUGCCAAGAGAAAAAACAAUUACACGAAAAUGAGGACGAUCAUCGAACGUGUUACUGUUGUUAUUGCAGUCAAUAUCCUACAUUCCCUUUAUAUUCUCAUUUAAAAUACAAAAGAGCGAAAUUCCUUUGCGACAAAAAAGACCAAGAAAAGGGCAUCCUCUUGACACUGUCCUGCUUGAAAAAAAAAGAAAAAAUAUAUCAUGAGUUUUACAUUCAGCAGAAUUCAAGCUUUUUUAUGUUAAAUGUUACCUUGCAGCAGUUCGAUUUUAAUGAUGAACUCUUUAUAAAUAUGAACGACAAAUCGGCGCUAGAGAGAAAGACGUACCUCUUAGACCCCUCGAAUUAUGAAAUAGAUGAUGAAAUAUUUAAUGUAAAAAUAAAGUUUCAUGCUGAAAAGACUUACAAAGGCGAUUCCAUUGAAGGGAAUUAUCUUUUUAUAGAUGCAGACAUAUUUAAAGAAAGAAUAAUGUUGAAGGAAUCCUUUACAGAUGGUAACAUUUUGAAGGGUUCUCUGGUUGUUCAUCCUGACUACGUUAAUGAAAAAGGAGGGGAGUGCAAUACAUUAACUUCUUACCCAAGUGUCUGGAAUAAGCAAAAAGGACUUUGUUCACAUGAAAGAAAUUACUGUUUUAAGAAACAACUGGACCAUUUUGUCAACUUAGAAAAACAGCUGGAUCAUAAGAAAUUAUUACUUUAUAAUUAUUCCUUUUUUAUGAUAAAGAAGUCCCAUUUGAGCAGUUAUAAAGACGCACAUAACGUGUACACAGAUCUGUUUGCAGCUGGUCUAGAGGCCGAAGGGCCAAAUGAGAGCAGAAAAGAAGGGAAGAUGGAAGAUGGUAUCAGUGAAGAUGCAGGCGUACAUGUAGACGCAGAUGUAGGCGCAGAUGUAGAUGCAGAUGUAGGCGCAGAUGUAGACGCAGAUGUAGGCGCAGAUGUAGAUGCAGAUGUAGGCGCAGAUGUAGACGCAGAUGUAGGCGCAGAUGUAGACGCAGAUGUAGACGAAGAUGUAGAUGCAGAUGUAGGCGCAGAUGUAGACGCAGAUGUAGAUGCAGAUGUAGACGCGGACUUAGAUGGCCAGCUUAGAGGAGAGGAAUCCCCAUUAAAUGGUGGGAAAAACAUCAUGGAGCACGUAGAAAACAACUACUAUGUCGUUUUAGAAAAAAAAGAGCAUAACUUCAUCGAAAUAAUAUCUGACAAUAAUGAAGAGUUAAAUAUAUAUUAUGAUGAACAAAAAAAAGGUGAGUCCGUAUCAUUCGUGCACAGUUUAAGUAACUGUUAUGAUUUUAAUAAUGAAUUAUACAAACACUGUACUAUAUAUAUAAGCAUAUGGAAUGAAGAGAACGUAGACAAAGAAUUAAAUAUUUCCAUAAACUGUAAUAAGAGAAUUGUUCAUGAUAUGUCUACUUUAAGAAGAAAAAUGUUUUUGUGCAAAACGUGUGAAUCCACGAUAACGAUAAAAUUUGAACCCAUUGUUGACCUUCUCGUGACACCUUGUAGUGUUGUAAUUACGCGGGAGGUAAAGAAGCGGGAAGGGGAAGAAGCAGAAGGAGAAGCAAAGAAUUGGGAAGAGAAAGAUACAGAGGUUUUAGGGGUACAGGAACAAACCCAAGCGCAGGUGAGGGAGAAAAAAAGAGGAUACAUACGUGAAAAGAUAAGCUACAAAGGAGCACAACAGGGCAAACAUGACAAGCAGGAUGCGCAUGGAAAACACAAUCCACACGACUCGCACGAGGGGUACAGUGAAGAGCAUUUUCUUUUCAGUGUAGUGGAAGAGACGGUGGAAGAAGGGACAAGCACAAAUGUUAUCUUCAACAUGGUCCUAACCUAUAACGUUCCCGAAAAUGUUCUUGAAAACCACAUAAAACAACUGUAUCUCCUGGAUGAUGUAGAGGACAACCUGUACAUAUAUAGAAGGAAGAUAUUCUCCUAUAUAACAAGAGCGGAAAAUAUUAUAAAAAUGAUUUUAUUUGUUUUUGUUGUGUUGGCUUUUUUUAUAUUUGUUAUUCCUAGUAUGCCUAUAUGUAGGAACGUUAUAAUAAAGAUGAGUUUAUUUCACAAAUUGAAGACUACUAGAAUGUUAAUUAUGUGGAAACUUGAGGAUAUGUAUAGAGUUAUGAUACGAAUACCUGGUAAGUUCAUCAAAAUUUUUAAAAAAAUAAUACGCAAGGUGAAGAAGGUAAUCACUUAUAUAGUUUUAACUUUUCGAAAAGACCAACAGCUUAUCGAUCAGACAUACAGAGAAAAGCAAGAAAGAAAAAGAAAAAAUGACGAAAAAAAAAAAAUUAAGCAAAUGAAAUAUGAAAAAAGGAAAAAGGAAAAAGAGGACAUAAGAAAAAGAAGGUACAAACGAUUAUUAGAAAACGAGGAAAUUUUUAAAAAAGAGAUGGCCAAAGAGGACAGAAAAAACAGAAGAAAGAAAAGGCACCAAGAGAGGGGGAAAACACAUACACAUAGGAAGCUAACAGAGAAGCAUAUAUCAAAAAAGAGGGAGAAAGAUGAGUUAAUGAGGAAAAAUCUGUCAGUAAAUUUUGAUGACAGCUACUCCGAUUUAGAAAAGAACCGUAGUUCAUCCGCGCAAAACUCGUCAACACAAUAUGUGCAGAACAAAAAAAAAAAAAAAAAAGUAAGAGGUAUAUAA